AUGGAUAAUCAAUCAUUAAUCGAUGAUAGUAGUGAUAUAUAUAUAAAAUCAACAAAAUCUACACGUAAUUGGACAAUACGUGAACUUGAAGAUCAUUUAAUAGAAUUACAACGUAAAAAAAUGAAUACAAGUGGAAUAAUAAGUAAAUUAUUAACAAAAUAUUGUACAGAAUGUUUGGAUAGUGAACGUACAAUGACAAUACCAGUACGAGAAUCUUAUAUGAAACGUAUAUCAGAAUUAGAAUCAAUUUAUUUUGAUAAAACAAAAACAACAGGCUUUCCAUCAUUAGGUGUUAUUGCUAUUUUAAUUGAUUAUUAUUCAAGAGUUGAACUUAAUCUUGAUAAAGUUAUUCAUUAUAUAAGUCUAUCAAAUGAUAUUGAUCCAAAAUUUAAAUUAGAUCCACAUAAAUGUGUUAGUGUUAUACGUUUACUUAUACGUAAAAAUUCGUUUAAUAAAGCAAUUGAAUUAAUGGAUUCAUUAGGAGGUUAUGAUGUUGUACCAAAUUAUAUGUAUCGUCGUGUACGAGAUUUAUUAUUAGAUGCAUAUUCAUUAACUAAUUUUAAACAAUUUCAAUAUCUUGUUAAUAAAUUAUUAAAAAAUAAAUAUGUUGAUCCAUCAUCAAUUGUACUUUCAUUAAUUGUACGAAAAUCUUAUCAAGAUCAUGGACCAUUACAUGCAUUUGAAACAAUUAAAACUAUACUUGUUCAAUGGAAUAAUCUUGUUGGAAUGUUUCCAAUAAUAAGAAAAUUACUUCGUGAUGAUUGUACAGAAGAACUUAAACAGGUAUUAAUCAAAAUUGGUAAAAUUCGUUCUCGUACAUAUGCAUAUGAACAAUUAGCAUUUGCUUUAAUUCAUGAACGUCGUUUAUCUGAAGCUUAUAAAGUUUGUCAAAAUAUAAGUCGUUCAACAUUUGAAGAACAUUGUCAAAGAUAUGUUCGAGAAUUAUUCUAUUUUCCAUCAGAUAAUCAAAAUCUUGAUGAUGAAUCAUCACCAAUAAAUAAUUCAAUAAGAAAUGAUAUCUAUGAAACUGAUUAUGUAUUUGAUACAAAUACAAUAUCUCUUAUUUAUUUUAUUGAUUAUUUUGAACAAUAUCCAUCACAUACACGACAUUUAUCAAUUGAUACAUUAUUCUAUAGUUUAUUUCGUGCAUAUGAAAAAACAAAUCGUUUAGAUGAAUUUACAAAAUUAAUGCGUGAAUAUUUAUCAAAAUAUGUUCAAUAUUUAUCAUCAAAAACAAAAGACGCAUUUAGUCAAGCUGGUAUAACAUUACCAAUAAAAUCAUUAUCAUCACCUAAACAAUCAAGAAAAACUAAUAGUCAUAAACAUGAACGUUUUUUACAAGAUCAUGAUUAUGAAGAAGAUUCUAAUUCACAAAAUAGUCUUUCCUAA